CUUUGACUGUGCAAAGUGGUAAAUAGGAGAGAAUCUGAAGAAAGAGAUUAUUGAGCAAUUGAAAACAACUGAAAAAAAAACCUGAUCAAAUCUAGAAGUGAUAAAUAUGAUCUGGGAAUAUUUAACAUUUGGCUUGAUUCUUGUGACAGGAGCUCAGUGUGAGGUAACAGAGGUGUUUGUGGAGGCAGGUUCUCAGGCUGUGUUACCCUGUCAAUGCCACCCUCUCUCAUCCUUUGCUCCUUUGAUUCUCUGGAAGAAAGCCAACAAAGGCACUGUCUGGAGAAAGGAGCCGAGUGGUCUGCAGUACUGGGGUUACCGAUGGAUGCAGAACAAGAAGCGUAUCCAGUGUCCCCACACAAAAUUCGAACAAGGUGACUGCAGCCUGGAAAUCAGUAACGUAACUGAAGAAGAUGGAGGAGUUUACUCUUGCAGGGUAGAAGAUAGAGCCUCUCUGUCAGAAAAGUCUGUCACCCUCAGAGUCAUCAAAGCGUCUGUACUCCCAUCUGUUCCCAUAUUGGGGAACAACGUUGUAAUCCAGUGUAACGUGACGCCAUGGCCCAACGGGACCACUGUGCGAUGGACAUUCAACAACCGACCGUUUGUGCCUCGGCCUGAACUCACACACCGUACAGACACAGCUAAGACAAUCAUAAAGGAGAAGGCAACUCCAGCGCUGACAGGAGACUGGACCUGUGUCGUGGAAUACGAAGGCAGAGAGGGGCGAGCUAAAGCCUCUCUUUCCGUGAAGGGAAUCAUUGAACCACCCAAUGAUGACACCAGGGUGUACACUGCGGUGGGAUCUUCAGUCACGCUCCCCUGUGUCUUCUCCCCUGAUUUAAUCCCCUCUGAUGCAGCCUGGAAGAAAUUAAAGUCUGGGUCUCUUUCUCAAGUGUCUCCCGGCCCCCUUCCUCCUUCAUUCUCUGCGUCUUCCCUGUCCUCGCAUCCCCCCUGGGACAAGACUGCUGGUUUGACAGAGGUUGAGGUUGCAGACGAGGGCAGGUACACAUGCUCUGGCAAAAUAAACAGGCAAAGACUAACUCGACGUAUUCAGCUCGUCGUCGCCAAAGUUGAAGCCGUCAUUCCAUCCAAGAAACGAUCCUCUGUGACACUGACCUGUCAGUUGACUGACUCGAGUCAGAUCAUCAAAUAUGAGUGGGUUCAUGUGACCUACGACCUCAACGGUACCCGGUCUGUUGAGUCCAUCCAGACUGGGAAGUCUCUUAGCAUCAGUAAGGAUUCAGAGAAGAAUAUGGGUGAAUGGACAUGUCGCUUCUAUGGGAGAAAAGGCAUUUUGGGGAAUGUAACAUACCACGUUCAUCUAAUGAGCGGCCUGAGUGGAGACAAAUUUAAAUCCACACAUCUGUCACAGAACACAGCCGUAGCCAUCGGCCUCAGUUUUCUGCUUCUCAUCCUGCUCUUGAUUUUGGCUCAGAUGUACAAGAACCACCGCCGGAGAAAGAGGAUUUUUCAGUACCCUGCACUGGAGACUAUUGCUCAUGCGAUCUCCAAUGAGCGCGAGGAGCGAGAAAGGAGGCAAGCAAAAACGUAAAGACACAUUUUGGUGUAGAGGGACAAAUUUCGUAGCAUGAAACUCAGCUGACAACUAUCCAGUUUUCCUAGAUGCCAUACAUUUGGAAACUUUUGUUUGCACACAUUUUGUAUAUACGUAUAUAUAUUCAAAGCAGAUGUUGUAGCAGUAUAGUUGUUAUUGUUUUUUUUUUUUUUAAGAAUAUGUUUCAUAUUAUCCUGUUUUUUCCCCUGUAAUUACUUUCACUGUAUAUUUUAUGGCAUGUGUAUAUUGAUAAUACAAUUAUUUCCAAAUAAAGUGGAUGUGACUGAAAUAAAUGUUACUUUAUUUUA